CCUGGGCAGGGCUCGGGGCCUCCGCGCGCGGAACAUGGAGCUGGGGGAGUUCGAGCGGGACAACGCGGGCAGCUGCCGCCUGAGCUCCCCUGUGCCCGAGCUGUGCCGGGCCGGGCCCUGCUGCCUGGGCAUCGAUGAGGCCGGCAGGGGGCCCGUGCUGGGUCCCAUGGUCUAUGCUGUUUGCUACUGCUCAUUGGCCAAGCAGGAGGAGCUGGGAGCUCUGAAGAUGGCAGACUCGAAGACUCUGACGGAGGCCGAGCGGGAGCAGCUGUUUGGGACGCUGGAGCAGGCCAGGGACUUCGUCGGCUGGGCCCUGCACAUCCUCUCGCCCAACCUCAUCAGCACCAGCAUGCAGCAGCGGGCGAAAUACAACCUCAACGCCCUGUCCCACGACACGGCCAUCGGGCUGAUACAGCACGUGCUGGAUGCGGGAGUGCAGGCGGUAGAGGUCUUUGUGGACACGGUGGGGCCGGCGGAGAAGUACCAGGAGAAGCUGAAGCGGCUCUUUCCGGAGCUCGAGGUGACUGUGAGGCCGAAGGCUGAUUCCCUCUUCCCCAUCGUCAGCGCGGCCAGCAUCUGUGCCAAGGUGGCGCGGGAUCGUGCUGUGAAGAACUGGACGUUCCCGGAGGAUCUGGGGGAUGUGAGGAUGGAGUAUGGGUCUGGGUACCCCAAUGAUCCCAAGACCAAGGAGUGGCUGGCACAGUGCCUGGACCCUGUGUUCGGGUACCCACAGUUCGUGCGUUUCAGCUGGAGCACGGCCCAGACCAUCCUGGAGAGCAAGGCCGUGCCUGUGCGCUGGGAUGACAGUGAGGACGACCCGGCGCAGAAGGGCACCCGCUCCGUCCUGUCCUUCUUUGCUCGCAAAGAGUCUUCCAAACGCCAGCCCCACCGCUUCUUCCACGAGUGCAAGCUGGAGACAGUGACUGGGCUGUAGUGGGCACCAGGGGGUGGAGGGCUGGCCCCAUGCCUGCGCCCCCCAGCUGGCCCCAUGCCCACACCUCCUAGCUGGCCCCAUGGCCCCCUCAAGUCAGCGAGAACUUUUGACGCGCAGCGUCUGGGAUUGUAUUUAAUUGUGAUGCCAGCAGAUCUGAGCCACCCUCUCCAGGGGCUGGGAGGAGCUGAGCUGUAAAGGGGGAUUUUAGGAACCAGUUGCCCCAGUCUCGCUGGCGCCUCCUUGCUGUGGAUUCCCCAAUUUUACCCACUUUGUUUUAGUUAAUAAAACAUUUUGAAAAGUC